GACACCUGUGAGUGCAGCUGGCUGGAGGGUGGUUGCUACACCCGGUACAGUUACUGAUGUUAAAAGGAUUUCUAUGGCAUUUCAAUGUCCAGGGCGCUGCCGGGACUUGCCUGUUGGGGAGCUGCCCUAACAAGCAGGAACUGGCACUGCCCACCCUUACCCUGAUUACCCUCAGGUGUAUCCAUCCCGCUCUGUCCAUCUAAGUACGAAUGGGUGCAGUUCAGAGGGGCAAAGGAUCAUGGGAGAGGCGUGGGGUGGGCGAUGUGGCUGGGAAAGAGCAGAAACUGAGAGGAGCCCCAGGGUUCCACUUCCAACUCUGCCCUAGACUUUCACUGCGACCUGGGCCUUAGUUUCCCUGUCACAAGGGGUUGUCAUUACUUACCUCCCAGGGCUGUUACAGGGAUUGGCAGCAGAAAAGGGGAAAGCUUGAGGGUAAUGAAGGCAGCAACGGCUCCUACUGAACGCUCACUAUGUACUAGGACAUUAACACCCGUUACCUUAUUCAGUCCUCUUAGCAGACCCUAUGAAACUGGCUGUCACUUUCAGAGGAGGGAACUGAGGCAUAGAGAGGUCAUGUAUUUGUGAGUGACAGACGGUGUCAAUGCCCUCCAGCCAAAGAACCCCCAGGAACACCUGUAGUCAACAAGUGGGUUUAUUGCUCACAGCAUUGAGGCACUGUGAGGCAUCUUGGUAAUGCAGUUGUUGUGGGGGGGUUUUUAGAUUUUUUAUUUUUAUUUUAUUUAUAGACACAGGGGAGAGGGGAAGAGAGGGAGAGAAACAUCAGUGUGUGGUUGCCUCUUGCGCACUCCCUACUGGCAACCUGUCUUGCAACCCAGGCAUGUGCCCUGACUGGGAAUUGAACCAGUGACCAUUUGAGCACAGGCCAGUGCUCAAUCCACCGAGCAACACCAGCCACGGCUGGAGUAUUUUGUACAAAGGACUGAUUAUAAGAUUUGGGUUUGUGGUAAGUGAUUUUGGGAAGUGUUCCAGGAACAGGGGUUUUGCUCUGGAUUGGAUGGUGCCAGGAAGCCUGGCAGCUCUGUGGCUGGCUGUCUGUCAGUCUUAUCUAGAAGGCAGAGGAACACAGCAGGCAUGAGCUGUGACUGGUGCGGCAGCAGCAGCCACGCAUAUUGGCUAGGAACGGGGGGGGGGGGGUGCCUGGUCAUUUCUGUGGCUUGGACAAUGUCCGUGUUUGUGUUCAGAUGCUGCCAUGGCGUAGCUUUGGUGUCUUGAUCCAGUCAGUGUGGCCUUCUCUGACCACGCUCUGUGGAACUGUUUCUAUUCAACAGAAUGCCAGGGGGCACCUGUGAGCGCCAGGCUAGCUCCGGGCUGUGGGGCUGCUUUUCUCUUUCUUAAUAGUAAUAAUUGCAAGCCAUCGAGUAAAGUGUUCUAAGCACUUUCUAUAAAUCCUUUCAUUUAGUGUUUACAACAGCCCUAUGAGGCAGAUACUGAUAUAGUUAUGACCCCAUCUUCCACAUGAGGAAGCUGCCAAAUAGUAUCUGGAAAGAGUAGAGCCAGUCUGGUCCAGAGGCUGUGCUCUGAUCACACAGUUCUCCUGGAAGGAUAGUCUCCCUGGGUUCCAGUCCUGACUCCACCUCAUUUCCUAAUCUCAUGACUGUGGGCAAGUCCCUAACUUCUCUGAGCCUCAGUCUGAUCGUCCAUAGAACAGGCCCAGUAAUAAUCUGUCUGCAUUGCUCUCCAGCCCUGGCACACAGCCUGGCACAUAGUAAGCACUGUUGUCGUCAUGAUUCUGGGGCAUGGGCGAGGUACCGGAAACUUGCUGGACUCCCCCGACCUCUCCCACCACCCUCAGGCCAUCUAGGCACCCUGCAGUGUGCCCGCUGCCUCAUCUCUUCACCGACUCCCAAGUUCCAGGAGCAUCACAUGAAAUGGGAGCACCCAGCAAGCGUGGCCCAGAAGCUGCAGGGGACCCUCUUCAUCUGCUUCACCUGCAGCUGCUCCUUCCCCUCAUCCAAGACCCUGAUUGCCCACCAGCGCAGCCACGGUCCCACCACCAGGCCCUCCCUGCUGGCUGCACCCACCACUGCCCAGCCCACCUCCCCCUGUUCUGAUGGCAAGACCUUUGAGCAGGCUUCUCUGAGGUGGCACUGCCAAGUGCAUGAGGCCCACAUCCCUCGUGGCCUCUUUGCUUGCACAGAGCGUGGUCAGGACCUUGCCCAGGAAGCUGGGCUGCAUCUGCACUGCAUCCGGCAUGCCCAUGGGGAGUUCGGAGUGCAGCUGCAGCCCUCCCUAUGGUAUUGGGGGUUCUGUGGCUGGUGGGACCCUCUUCUGAUAUGGGAUGGGCCCUUGGAAUUUGCUUUCCUCCCAGGAAAGGCAAAGGGGUGUUGAGAAGUAGGGCCCAGAAGAUGUUCCUCAUUUAGAGCUUCAGUCUUUAGAGGACAGAAAGGCCUUUGGGGAAA